AUACAGAGUGAAGCAAUCCACCCAGCUAUUCACCACGAAACACAUAUUUUCUCCCUCCAAAUCUCUCUCUCUCUCUCUAGAUUCUCGUUGUAACCGGCGAAAUGGGCGUCUUAUUUCGUUCUGAACAGACUUUCGUGUCCGAGUUACACCUGCUACGCCGCAAUCUCCUCUCCUACGGCGGCCUUCAGAGGAGGAAAGACAGCGAACGUUUCAACGCCUUGAAAUCCAACCCCAUCGUCGAUCCUGAGGAGAAAGUCGUAUGUGUAACUAGCGGUGUUUCGUUUCUGGGUUCCGCCAUCGUUGAGGAGCUAUCCACUCAUGGAUACUCUGUUCGAGUGAUUGUUGAUAAUCCUGAGGAUGUUAACAAAUUGGAAGAGACGACGAGCGGUCGCCAUAACGUGACGGUGGUUGUAGCGAAGCUUACAGAUGUAAAUAGCUUAGUGGAAGCAUUUAAUGGCUGCCGUGGCGUUUUUCAUACCUCUUCUUCCAUUGAUCCUGCUGGUCUUUCUGGUUACACGAAAGUAAUGAGUGAAGUGGAAAUGAGGAACACAGAGAAUGUGAUGGAAGCUUGUUCAAGAACAGAGACAGUACGAAAUUGUGUUCUUACAUCUUCUCUUCUUGCUUGCAUUUGGAGGGAUCAACAUGGUGAAAAUGAAACCUCACAAAUUGUUGACCAUGCUUCUUGGAGCAGCUUAGAGCUUUGCCAACACAAAAAGCUAUGGCUUGCACUGGGGAAACUAAAAUCAGAGAAAGUAGCAUGGAAAAUAGCACAAGAAAGUGGAUUAAAACUAGCUACUAUUUGUUCUGCUCUCAUAACUGGCCCCAACUUUCACCUUAGAAGUUCAACUGCAACAUUGGCUUAUCUCAAAGGAGCUCGAGAGAUGUACGCAAAUGGUCUACUGGCAACCGUGGAUGUGACCAAAUUGGCCAAAGCACAUCUCUAUGUGUAUGAAGGAAUGAAGGACAAUGCUGCUUCUGGCAGAUAUAUUUGUUUCGACAGAGUGAUUUCAACUGCGGAUGAGGCAGCAACGUUCGCAGCAGAGAUCAGAGUUCCUGUUCAUACCAUAGUCCAAACCACUCCUCCAAUUGACCAUUUGAUUUCGUUUCAGUUGUCGAACAAGAAACUCUCUGAUCUAAUUGCUAGAAGCAAUCUUCAAGGUAGAAGAUGUUUGAAUGAAAACAUAGAUUUUUGAAGGAGAAACUCCAUAGGCAAAGAUAUGAGUGGGAUCUAUUUGUUUGAUUGAUAUAUAUAUUUAUUCAUAUCUAAGAUUAGAUUAUAGAAAUGAUCCCCUUGAAGAUGUAUGUUUUUUAUUUCUUCUUUUGAGUACAGCAUUGAUAUAGAAUAUAAAGAUGUAUACCAUUUUUUAUUUA